AAAAGUACUUUCUUGAAGCAGAUGGACCGCUGCAGCUCACCAGGGACCUUUAUCUUGGUUUUUAGUGCGUGGAUUUCAUGUUGUGCCGCGUUUUAUUUACCCGGUCUGGCUCCAGUUUCAUAUUGUGAAAAAGGGAAAGAAAGUAAAGCUUGUUUGGUAAGCGUUUUUUUAGGUAGUAUCAGCAGUUUGAUUAUUGCUAAUUUGAGACUCGUUCAUCGACUGUUUGGUUUGAUCUUCAGGGCACUGUAAGUGGCAAAAAACGAACUUACUAAUUUAAUUCGUUAACGUUGCAAAUUGUUGCAAUACGUAUUCUGUUCACUGCAAACGACUUCGGUCAAUUUCUUUAGAAUUUUUAUAUUCGUUAUCCAGUCUGCUUAACUCACAGCUUAUCAUGUCAACCCAGCUUACCUUAUCUUAUUUCCUAAUAUUUCAAGUAGAAAGCCAGCUUAUCAUUUUAUAUGCAUGAUUGCCUUAUAAUAAUUAUUAACCUUUCUUCGAGUGUGACAACCUCCAUUUUUCUACCUCUACGUGUAAGCAACUUAUUAAACUUAUUUAAUUUACAGAGGGAAAUUCUUUCAUAUACGUCGCAGAAAGAGCAAAAAUGUUUUUUGGAACUGUAGUUUCAUGAUUAAAGAAACCUAAUUUAUUUGAAGUUUCGUUUUUGAUUAGUCAACCUAUGUACAUGUAUAAAUAUUCCAAGUAGAAUAUAUGGAUGAACUACACGUGUAAUGUGUGAAAUUUAAAUUCAUAACUGUAUUUCUAGGCAGUGAAUUUUUUCGUAUUAAACUUCUCUAGUAUCCAUGACUACCAGUACAGCACAGCAAAAAUUAUGUUGUCGUCCAGGUUUAAAUCGAGUGGAGCAAAAUCACAUGAAAAACUCAGUCAAUCAGAUCCUGUGGUUGAUUGUAGCUGAUUGUUUUGUUAUUAUAGUUUUUUUGUUUUUUGCCUUUUGAUAGACUUCGUAAAACAUUUUUAAAAUAUGUGAAGUUUGCAGGAGGAUGCAUUAGUCUUAGAAAGAAUUCAUACAUGUAUAUCCUACAUGUACUACUCAGAACAUGACCCCAGACUACUUUCGUAGGGAAGUAGAUAAAAAUAAGAGGUGAAAGAAAUCUCUGACUGUGUGAUUCCUGACCUGCUUGUUGUAUUUACCCUGGGAACUUGAAAUCUUAGUCACAGCCCUGGUGUUUUGUGGUACAUAUAUAUGCUACAGAAACCAGUUGAAACUCAGGCUGUCUGAGCCUAAUGGCCUUGGCGUGCCUUAACCUUUUUUUGUUUUUAAUUAAACAUGAAUAGGGAUGAACUUGGUGUGGACCAAAAUAGUGAAACAAAAGUCUCUGAUGUGUUAGGAAGUUUUUCUUGCUGGUUUUUAAAGCCCCAAAGGAGCUAUCAUUUACAUCAGCAAAUAGUCGACCACUUAGGCAGCACAUAUCAUGUCUGUUUUAGUGCCUCUUCACAUGUGCCCAGUUAGCAGGAUGAAUUGAGAAAUUUCAGCCCGAUUUCCGAGAUGAGAAAAGGCCAAAGAUCCUGGGGAGGAGUUGCCGUGCCAAAUUUGAGAACAAAGCAAACAUUGCGAAACACAAAAAUUUUAACUUUCGGGCCUAUCAUAGCUUCCGUAACUAUUAAAGUAUCACUACAGUUAAAUGGGAUGCUAAUGAUGUGGAAAUUACAGCAGGCAAUGCAAGAUGAUGUCAUCCAGACCGCCAGAAUUCAUCCCACCGUUUAUCCCGGUAACCGGGAUGAAGUGUUCAUUUGGCCAAUUUCCUGCCCGCUUGGUGAGAUCUUGGGAACCAAGCUAGCCCACCCUUUCAUAUGAACACAUCAAAAAUUUUACAAAGGAUUUAGAAGGCAAGAUCUUGGUAACCAGGCCAGCCCUGUCAACCGGGCUCAUAUAAAGAGGCCCUUAGAAACCUGUUUGCACAGACAGACAUCUUUAGACUUAAUAGUACUGUCCAGAACCAAAUAUACCCCCCACAUGUUUAGAUUUUAUAUUCAGACAAGUUACAUCAACAACUCACUUCAAAGCUCACGUUUUUUUUUUACAGAAUAAAAUUGAGUUAUUUGUCAACCGAUUGGAUUCUGUGGAGGCUGUGAUUCCUUAUGAAUAUUCAAGGUAUUGGUUAACAUGGAUGUCAUUAUUUUGUUGUGUAUCAGUCCUGUAUUAAUGAAGACGAGAACCCAAGCUGCAGUAAGCAUCCUCUUCCUUGUGCAUCCAUUCCCUCAGCAAAACUAGCACGAUGAAUCCAUUUUAAUUAUCCCACGCCAAUAUUAUUGGGUAGUCUUUCCAGUUAGGACCUUUUAACUUGAGGCUGAUUUUGACCCUAAAAUUUCACACUGCGCAAAAAUUGUAUUCAGGUUCUUCUGCUUAGUGUAAACGUUUAAUAUUGACCUCAAGGUAAGGCUAGUUGACUUAUUGAUGUUACAUUAUACAUGUAUUAAAGAAUUUUUGUGGAAUGUUGGGAUGGUUAAGACUCACCGGUAGUUACUUUGUUACAUCACUAUAUCCAGUUUCAAAUAGUAUGAUCAAAAUGGAAUCUUAUUGAAGGCAUUCUCUUUUAUAAUGAAAGAUUUAAUAGUUGAAAUAAAUAAUGAAAAAUAAUUGAAAGAUUUAAAUGAAGUUGUUGUUGUUUGUUGCUAGACGUUUUGUUGUUGUUGUCGAAAGCUUUAUGUAUAUGAAUAUCGCUACACCCGUAGUCUUACAUGUAUUUGUCUAUUAAUUUAAUCCUUUCGGACUUAUGACAGGCUUGUACAACCAUGGGAAUUUUUUUACGUGUGUAAAAUGUAACUUCUAUGGUAGAAUGCAAGACUUAAGAACAAUCAUACACUUUCAGACUGAUUUGGUCAUUUGUGUUGUUUUUCAGAUUUGAUUUCUGUGUUCCUACCUCAGAUGAAAAGACUCCCACAGAAAAUCUUGGCCAGGUGAACAACAACAAUACUGAAUUUAUAUCUUUAUGAUUUUGAUCGAGUUGAUCUCAACCAAACAAAAAGGACUAUUGGCACUCCAUCCAGAAUACAUGAGUUUUUCCUCUAUUGUUAACACUUGACAUACAUUCUCAGGGUUGUCAUUAAGAAUUCUAGUAGCAGGAGUAAGGUGUAACAUUACAGGAGAAUACUUUGAAAAAGGCUCCGCGCCUAAAUAAAAAAUAGUCCUAGGCUACCUAACAUUGGCUGGAGAUUUCUGUGUAGUAAACAGAGAAUUCUCCAAUCUUUGAUGCCUAAUAAACACCCUGCUUUCUCUGUGCUCUGUCUACACCAGUGCUACCAUAAUUCUAUGCUGGAUGCCAAAGGAGUACAAAAUGUUCACCUUCGCGGAUAGCUACAUGGCAGUGGCCAGCAAAAUUCAGGCUCUUUUUCUUCAACCAUGUGCAAGCCUACAUGUAGGCAUUGCUUAGUGGUUAUAAUAUUGGCUAAUCCAUCUUGCAUUCAAUGCUUGAUUCGGGUUUGACAAUGUGAUUAUUUUAUAGAUUAUUGUGAUCCUUGAUUAGUCUCCUGCCUUAUGUAAUUCAUGUCUCAAAUAACGUGAUGCACAAUUAAAAUUUUUUUUAGGGUGAAAGAUUGGCAAUACCCAGUGUAUUUUUGAGUUUACACAAAACCCAAACUAUUCACAAUUUUUGUGUAGUUGUGGUAAAUCAUUUGCUUAGUGGGUUAUUGAUUAUUACUGUUACGGUAUAGAAGGUAAAGGCGUACACAAGCCAAAGGCCCAAAUUUCCAGAGCUUAUCCUGGUUUCCUUAGCGGGAAGCAUGCCUAGGAUUAUUGCUACUCCCCCUGGAUGGGAUGCUGGUCCAUCACUGGGUUACCCCCCCCCCCCCCCCCCCACUGUGUGGUUCCCCUUUUUUUCCUCUCAUUUGAAGAGAAAAAGAGGAAGAAAAAUAUUGUUUUUGGAACAAAGAAAAAAGGGGGGGGGUGUGGUUCGUCUCCCCCCCACACAUAUUUUUAGCAGACGUACCCCAACAACCCCCCCCCCCCUCCAACGUUUCUUUUUGUUAUUUAACAUUUAGUGGAUAAAAGAAAAAGGGGCGACCAGCCCAAAGCGCCCAUUUUCCGGGCUUUUCCCUGUUUUCCUUGCGGGGAGCGUGCCCUAUGUUUUUGCUUCUCCCCCCGGGGGGGGGGCUGGGGCCACCCUUGGGUUCCCCCCCCCCCCCCCAGUAUGUUGUUGGUACCCAUUUAUACACUUGUGUAAAGAGAGAUAAAGUGGAGUAAAGUUCCUUGUCUGAUGAAACAAGGCAAUGGGUGAGGCUUGAAUCCUGGACCUCCAGAUCUGAACUUUGAGACAACUUGGCCAUACACGCCCCCACACUGUUACAGUUUUCUGUUUAUAAAAAUCUUAAAUUAAAUAAUGCAAAUUUAUAGUGCGUCAAUACAUUGUGAUAAAAUUGUAACCGACUGUACGUACAAACAACUCUAUCACAAUCAUAUCAUUGAUAUUUUAUUUCCUUCACCUUUUAGGUUGUAUUUGGAGAAAGAAUAAGGCCUUCUAUGUACAAUGUAAGAAUUCAUCAACCAUUCAUUCUAUGUUUUGACAGAACAUCCGUCAUACAUUUUGUGUGUUACAUAAUUGAAAUCACUGUCAAUUAAUGGAAGUUUUAUGACAAACAGUUUAAAUAUUGAAUGAUGUUUAUUACUCAUGUAAUAUUUAUGUUGCUUACAGCUGUAUUAUAAAAAAGUUAAGAUGUUCCGAAAACACAGAAAGCAACACUUUUGUUGUUAGUAGGGCUAUUUUCGUUUCCCAUAUUGGAGGUUGAAGUUGUUAUCUCCAACAUGGUCGCUGUGCUGACAGUACAAAAUCCAAAUUGCCAUAAGAUCACUCCUGUUCACUUGAUUGUUUUAAUUUCAUAGUUUUUGGCAACUACACUUUAGUAGUUCAAUCAUUAUUCCGGUCUUCUUCCUAUGUUUCGAGCAUCAUCAGUAUUUCAGUCAGGGACCGGGCUGAGUUGCAUAAAGCAACUUAGGAUUGCAGGAAUAAUUUUAUAAAACCAGGCCCUGGGCCAGUUUUAGUACCUUUUCUUUCUAGGGAUUAUUUAUUCCCUUGAAUUCCCCAUUGUUAUUGUUGUAAGGAGAGCUUACAUGUAAUAUGAUAUAAUUAUUGUGCUUUAUCCCUUUAAAUUUUGUUAUGAAACAGAUAACUUUCAAGAAAGAUGUCCAGUGUAAGACUCUCUGUAAGAAAACUUAUAAAAAUGGUGACAAGGAGCAGAUGAAGAAGCUGGAUUUCUUGAAAAAUGGAAUUGCUCUCAAUUAUCAAAAUCACUGGUAUGCCCUUCAUGUCAUGAUGCAUAAUCUUCCCAUUGCUUUGUUUGUUAGUCUGUGGUUGUCGUCAGUCAUGAAAAAUGAAAGCUCCAUAUAAUCCCUUAAAAUGUCGCUUAAAGUCAGACCUGUACAACAAGGGAGAAGGGCAGAAAAGGAGUUUGCAUACAUGUACAUGUAACUACUAGUCCAAAGAAGAGGGAAAGGAAAGCUGAAAACUCAAAGAGGGUUGUGACUAAGAUUUCAAGUUGUAGGGUGAAUACAACAAGUAGGCGGGGAAUCAAACAGUUAAAUUUGUAGGGAUUUCUUGUUAUUCUAUUUUUCAACUAUUUUUUCAUGAUUAUUGCCGGGGGUCGCAUUUGUAGUAGUUGGGGCAAAAUCUUUUUUGUGUGGGUUAGUAAAGAAGGUAGUUUGUCAGAAGUGCCUUUUUAUGGAGUUUAAAAAGCUUGUUUCUCUUAUCUGUUGAUAGGAUUAUUGAUAACAUGCCAGUUACAUGGUGUUAUGAUGUCGCAGAUGAAACAGCCCAGUACUGUUCAACAGGAUUCCCAAUUGGCUGUCAUGUCUCUGAAGAUGGACAGGCACGAGAUGCCUGCGUAACAAGUGUAAGCUUUAUUUGAUUUUUGUUUAAGAUUUUAGAAGAUUAAGUCCAAAUGUUGCUGUCCAUUUGUAAUUAAAUCUAUUAAUUUUAUUAUCACAGUGUAUAAACACUAAUGAAAAACCAGCUGGGACCUUUCAUGCCAGAGAAUGAUGUUAUCACAUCAGAUGAUGGCAUGUUAUUUAUGUGAAGAGAUCACCAUUGCUAUAUGGUUAUGCAAUAAAUGGAAUCAUUGACAGCAAGAGAAAAAAUAUUAAAGUGAAUUGGUUUGUUACAGAAAAUGUAUUUGAUUGGCAUUUAUGUGAUACAGCUGUAAAUAGAACAUAACAUAGCUGCUGGGAGAUACAUCUAUGAAAAUUCACUUUGAGUGAUUUUGUUGAUGAAUAUUGCACUCAUUUGCUGUACUUGCUCAUAAGAUACAGUACAUUUUAACAUGCACCGAGAACUUUUGUAUUUCCUGGCUGUAAGUUGUCACCUUAACCCUUCUUCGGGCAAUGUAUGGCUGGCCCCAGUUGUUCAAAUGUAGGUAAUGUCAUACACUGGAUAAAUCACUGUCCAUCAGACAAACAUAGUCAACACAAUUAUUGGUUUUUCCCUACCAUUGAUCUGCUGGGUAGUGUAUUAUCAAGUGGAUACCGCUAUCCGACAUUUUAACCACUAGGCCCUGGUUAAUAGGACAGUCACAUGACUUUUGGAGGGUAUAGUUUAUUUGUGGCCCAAGUAGCAUCAUUUGCCCCCAAGCAGAGCGAAGGUACAAGGGACACAAAUAAACUAUAUGCCCUCCUAGAGUCAUGGGAUUAUCAUUAUUAUCAACACACAAGGCCGAAAUUGUACAAACUUAUUUCGUAAGGAAAGAUUGUUUAACAUGAAAUCAUGUUGCAGGCUGCAAAUUCCAUUUUCAGCCCAUACUUUGUUUGUCAAUUGGCUGCAUGUAGUGGUAAGAAUAGCAUGCAAGAUGAGUUUCGACAUGCUACUUGUAAUCACAAUUUAUUGAUGAUUUAGACACCAAUCUUCUGCUGGAUGUGCAUUUACUUUGUUAAAACGUGGAGGCAAUCGCAAACCACUUGCAUGCAAUAUAAAAAUAAAGAAGUCCAAUACUUAACAGUGCAGCUCUGAAAAAGUGGUGAAAACAUCCAUAAAAACCCCUCAAUAUGUUGAUCCGUAAAUAUAUAUAUUUUUAACUCUUGAAGUGCAUAGUAUUUUACUGACAUGAUACUUAUUUACUUUAUUUUAGAGCAAGUUUAAUGAGCGUGGCAUGCAUUAUGUGUUUAACCAUGUUGAUAUUAAAAUCAAGUACCAAGAUGGUAAUGGGCAAGACUGGGAUGGUGCGCGUCUUAUGUCUGCUCAGGUUUCACCCAAAAGGUAAUUUAUGUGGUGUCAAAACGAAAGUGCAAAUUAAUAGACCCUUUCAUAGCUAUGUUCAAGUUUUGGUAAAGACCAGUAAGAUAAUAUACUUCAAUACUGUUGAAAAAAACGCUUAUAAAAUGGUAAAACAUACAAACAUUGUUCGCAAAUACGCCAAAUUUGGCGUAUUUUACGCCAAAAUUGUUCAGAUGACUCCAAUGUGGUUACGGAGGUAGUCACUUUGACUCCAGAAAUUUUCGGUAACAAACACAGUUUUGUCCUUACCUUUUUGCAACAAAUACAAUUUACAUUAAUUGUAAACAUUGUCAACCUUAAUUAAAUCAUCGAAAUUAAAGAAUAAAUUAUACUGCACAACAAAACAGGAAGAGGGUAAAUUACGAUCAAAGUUUACUCGAUGACCGCCAUCAUGAUUUGAGCUUUCCAGGUCAGCGGACCGUUACAGCUAAUUCGUGUAUCCCUCACGAUAGUGUAUACAUGCCGGGACCACGUGCUGGAAAGUCUGAUACAGUCAUACUUGACUCCAAAUAAUUAUCCCAAAAUGACUCCGAAAUUUGUGAAGCAGAAGUCACACCGACUCCAAUCAUCAAUAAAAUUUGCAAACCCUGUACAAAGUUUAAAGGUGAUACAUCGAAGCGAACAAAGAUAUUGCUCUAUCAUUUUACAGAGAUUUGUAUGGGCCCAUUACUUGCCCACCAACCCCCUCACCUUACAAACGUCUGUAAUUUAUUUCUUUUGCAGUUUAAAACACGAGAAAGAAGGUGAAUGUGGCGAUCUUCCAGCUAUGGGAAUACCUACGGAGCCCAAAGAUGAACUAUCCAUCAUUUAUUCAUACUCUGUCACCUUUAUGGUAAGUUCACCAGCUCUUUUAUUCUUUUUACUCUCUUUGUCUCUUGAGGAACAAAACUAAAUACAGGCAGAGGAGACUAUUCUUGUGGUGAUUACGGGUAACACUGUGAUGGGGUUCGUACUACAUGUAUGGGUUUUGGAAAACCUGGAAAGUCUUGAAAUUUAAGAAUUUCACUUUUCAGGCCUGGAAUUGAAAGUCAUGGAAUUAAUUUUAGUUGUCAGUCAUGGAAAUUCAUUGAAAAUUAAAGCUGUGUUUGGUAGAUUAGUCACUGCUGCUAGCAAGGCAAGGAAAAAUAAGACAAGACAAGUACAUGUAAUUAUACAGGACCAACGCCACGAAGUCCUGAAUUUUUGUCUGUGGAACUGAGUUAUGUCAAAGAAUACCUUAAAACAAGGAUAGUUUUGAAACUAUGUAUUUUCGAGGUGACAGUUACACCUAAGAUCAUGGAAAACCGGAGGAGGUCAUGGAAAAAGUCGUGAUAAGUGCGGGAAUUUGUAGUCUCAAAAGAGCAUGCACCCUGUGCGAGUAAUUUGACGGAAAGAAUUGAUGAAUGUUCAAACCUUUGUAAUGAGUCUGAACUUAUGCAAGAUUCUAACCCAUUAUCUUAGUUGGCGAAUCCUUUGAACGGCCAAUCUUUUAACCUUGUAAGAGAGACUUGUAACAGAGCAAUUAAAUAUACACUGGUGAUCUAAUUAAUUUAUUUUUAUUACACUGUAACAAUCCUCCUGAUGUUGUAGAAAGAAGAAGACCCAAAUCAUAAGUGGGCCUCACGCUGGGACUACAUUCUGGACUCCAUGCCUCAUACUAAAAUCCAGUGGUUUAGGUAAGAAACAUGACAAUCAUACUCUAAGACCUCCGCAAGCUUUGGUCAUAAAGAGCUCUCAGUCUGUGUUGAAUUUCAUGCUAGUUAAAUAAUGUGGUCUUGAUCUUCUCCAAAUAAACUGAAGAUCACAGGGAAAAUCCUUCAACAUGAAUUCCAGACAUUUUUGAGCCUACUGGACCAAAUUAAUCAUGAAUUGAUCUUUUUGAGGUCCCCAUGCCUCAAAACUGCUUUGAUCUUUCAUCAAAUUCUCAUAACUAAUUCUUUAGGGAAAUACAUGUACAUGUACAGUUAUGGGGAUACAUGUAACUUUGCAGAACAAAUAUUUAUUAUUUAUUUGUAUGUGGCUAUUGGGGCCAGUGUGAGCAAAGCGAGUUAACUGGCAAAACAUCAACAUGCAGCAAAGCUGAAAAUUCCUAAAUCACCAUUUUCUGUUGCUAUAAUUAUUGAUUAGUUUAUGUAUUAAUAAAUAAAUUAAUUUAUUUUUUGCACAUUUAUAUUUCAGCAAAGAAUGAAAGAUAAAUGUAUUAUCGUGUUGGACUUACAUGUACUAUAAAACAUUGAGUUGCUGUUAUUGUUUUUUGUAUUCAGCAUCAUGAACUCUCUGGUUAUCGUCCUGUUUCUCUCUGGCAUGGUAGCCAUGAUCAUGCUGCGAACUCUACAUAAAGACAUCGCUCGUUAUAAUCAAAUGGAUUCAGCGGUAUGUUAUUUUACCUUCUGCUUGGUAUUGUUUGUUGACAAUUGGUCUCAAAAACACAGUCUUUUUAAGCAGAUACAUCUCAUUCAGAAGUUACUCUUAUUGGCUUGUAAGAGAUGUACACUUUUUGAGCAGAUCUUAAUAAAAAAGGGUAAAUUAGAACAGCAGAAAAAAUCUUUCUCUGGUUGCUGUGCAAUUUUCAGAGCUAUUUUCAUGUAGCAUCCGUUGUUGGGCAUAUCUACCCAAAUGGUCAACUGGUCAGAAAAUUUAUUUAUAUCCUUCCUAAACAGAAAAAUUGUUUGUAGGCCUGCAUAGGGAAAAAUGUUGUACCUGUAGGUCAGUUUGAUCUAUUCUUGGUUCAUUUAAUAUAUAAGGCUACAUUAAUGACCUCUGAUGGGAUGUUUGUUUGUUGUUAGUUAGCUGGGUCAAUGACUUUAUACUUUUCAUUUAUCUGACUGUUUGUAAAGGAUGAUGCACAAGAGGAGUUUGGCUGGAAGUUAGUUCAUGGAGAUGUUUUCCGUCCUCCAAAGAAAGGCAUGCUUCUUUCUAUCAUGCUUGGCUGUGGAUCUCAAAUUUUUAUCAUGGUGUUUUUUACACUAGGUUAGUUGGCAAUGCUUUCUGUGAUGAUUAAUCUGAUCAUUUUGGUUGCUUUGGGCGUGCAGUGAUCUAUAUGAAGGUAGGGUGGUAGGGUACAUCAUUUCUCUAUCAAGUCUCUUUGUAAAAAUAAUAACCUCUUCCCUAUAAAGUCUCUUUGUAAAAAUAAUAACCUCACAGUCCUUACCCCCACCCCUGUGGAUGUUCCUCCUCUCCUGCGGACACCUCUCCCCAUGGGAUUUCUUGUAUAACCUUUUACAUGCAUAAAACUAGCAGGAAUAUUAUUUUUUUCAUUCUACACAUUGCUCCUAUGCAUCUCUCUUGAUACAUGUGUAUCAGGAGGAAAAUAUAUUAUUUUAUCUUGUGUACUCUUCAUUUAUGUUUGAACUUCUGUCUUUUUCAGUGUUUGCUUGUCUUGGAUUUUUGUCUCCUGCAAAUCGUGGAGCCUUGAUGACUUGUUCGUUGGUUAGUAGUUUUGUUUUUUUGGUUUGCUGCAUUGUUCGUAAAAUGGUAUUCUUUUAUGAUCUCACUUAAUAAAGGUAUGGUUUUACUUUUUUUAAUUAGGUAUUGUUUGUUUGCCUUGGGUCUCCUGCUGGUUAUGUCUCUGCUAGAAUUUACAAAAGUAAGUGUCAGUUUGUAAACUUGUUUCUGCACUUAGGGUGGAUUUCCACUGUUGAGUAAUUUUUAUGUGCAUACAUCUCUGUAAAUAAAAUAGAGGCAAUGUAUGAACAGCUGGGUGUAAAUGCAAAAGUUUUUGCAAGGUUCAACUUAUAAAGUUUAUGUGCAGCCUUCUAUACAUUGCCUUUCUUCAAUCCAUGCACCUGAAAUUUACCUAAAAAUUUCAUGGAUCCACACCUGUUUCCACCAUUUUAUGGAAAUUGGUCAGAUUUGUCAUAAUAGAUAGAAUUGUUUUUAAUAAAGAAAUAACGUCCCAAGUUGCAAGGCUUCAUCCAAGGAGAAAGAAACGGCCAAUAUCAUGCCUGAAUUACUCAGAAACCCAGGAAAUGGGGACUUAAGGGAGUUGAAAUCAAAAACAUUUCCCAGGGGGUGGGGGGUGGGGUUUGCCCCUGGACCCCUCCUAGAAGCUCAUUUAGGAAAUCAGUCAGUAUUUAUCCUAGAUCCGCCCUUGAGGAGAAACUAUUGAAGUGAUUGAAGUUUCUUCAGUGGCCUGGCUUUUGUCUUAGAAUUGUCUAGACAAAUGAUAAUUAUUAUGCAAGUCUCUUUCUUUCUCUCUUGUCAAGUGAAAACAUUCAUGCCUUCACUCAUGUUGUUUUAUUUGUUUAUCACACUGGGAUUAAUUUGUUAACUGUUCAUGUUUUUUUUAACAAGUGAUUGGUGGUGAGUUGUGGAAGACAAAUGUUCUGUUGUCUGCAUUCUUCUUUCCUGGGUGAGUUAACAUUUGUUACUGCUUUUAUUCAUCAGUGCAACAAUGCAGAACUUCUACAUUUUAGUGCUCUCCGUAGUGUUCAAGGAAAAUCAUUGUUUCAUUUUGUUGGAACACCCCCAAAACUAAAAAAAAAAAUGGGUUUUCAAGGUUUGCCAAUUUAUAGCAGGGUCAUGGCAGCACCAUUCAUGAAAAGCUAAUUCCUGCAGUCCCAUAUCAGUCUCCUCCCUCGUUUAUAAUUAGUAUUUUGUGAUUUCAGGUUGAUGUUUGGCAUUUUCUUCCUGUUGAAUCUUGUAUUGUGGGCAGAAGGUUCAUCAGCUGCUGUUCCAUUCACCACCUUGCUGGCUCUCUUGGCCAUGUGGUAUGUUUUUUGUGCACCAUAAUUUAUUACACUAGUUAAGGUCAAUGGAAAAUUUAACAAAGUUAGCUGUCACAAGCUUAGCAGUCUCUGUUAGUCAGUGUAGUGUAGGCUCACAUGGAGUAUUGUUCUUAUUAUUUUAAACAUUUUUGUGCAUAAAUAAUAUGAUUUUUUCUUGACUUAGAUGAGGUUUCAUUUUCAAAUUAGCAGAGUAUAAUAUUUUGUUGAUCUUUCAUUCUGUAGAUGAAACACUGCAUUUGCCAAAAACAUUUAAUAAAAGGUGAUUUUGUUGCUCAACAGGUUUGGUAUUUCUGUCCCCCUUACCUUUCUGGGAGCUUAUCUUGGAUUUAAAAAGAAGGUACUAUAAGUACAUGUAAUAUCACAUGUUAAAAAGAAAAAGUUAGCUUAACAGAUCAAAGCUAGCUUUAACCCAUUUCCAAUAGAUGGGUGUGGGGAAAAAUGCCUAGAAAAACUGAGGGACCUCAAACCAAGCACAGAUGGUAACCAUGACAACCCUGUUCGGGGCACCUACCAGGCGGCAUCACCCAGAGAACCAGACACAACCAGAGGGAGGGGAGGGCUGGGAGCAAAAUGGCUAAAACAUUUGCACACAAACAGCAAUGUUAGCAAAAUGAAUUGACCUUAAUGAAAGUCAAAACGUCAGUCACUGUCAACAACAGUCACUCAGGACUUCGUUCACCUGGACGAUCAUACUCAACCUACUGAUGAAAUGACUCCUGGGUACAAACUUUUCACAGUUUUAAUGAAAGUGCUGUGAAAUUACUGCAAAUGCAAAUGUCCUGCCCUGCAAAUACCCUGGGACUGCCACACAUACAAUUCGAGACACAGAGCGCUUGCCAGCAGUGUCUUGUGCCCAGCUAGAUUACAUUUAGCAUUACUUAAAAUGACAGAAGAGGCUGCACUGUCAGUUUGGAAUGGACAUCAUUUCAGGCACUCUGUAAUAAAGCCAUUAUUUUGAACUAGCUUUCUUUUCUUAUUGUAUUUAGCCAAUUGAACAGCCUGUGCGAACCAACCAAAUCCCACGGCAGAUUCCGGAACAGGUAGUUGUUCUUUUGUUUGAUACAUCUACUUCACAUCUUUAAUUUGCUUUCAAGAGUUCUAAACAACAGAAAGUCUUUAAACAUUGUUGAUGGGUUUGUAUUGCAGAUCUUGCAAACCCGUAAAUAAUUUCUUUAAGUUUAUUUCAUCUUGCACCAAGCUUGUUCACUGAAGAUGCAUGGAUUUUGGCCGAGUUCUUUCUCGCACUUAAAUAGACUGAGAAGAAGUCAAGGGCAGUGACUUAAAAAAAAAGAACUAGGCAAAAAUCCAGGGUCCUUGAGCAAACAAGCUUAGGCAGUAAAGGAUUCAUUAUACGGCCAUAAAGAGUACAUUUUCCUGUGGAAGAAAUGGGGAAAAUCCUGAGCAGUUACGAUUGUCCCAUCUUGCCUGCUCAGGUAGCCAAUGAGAACACAGGAUCAGUGUCAUCUUGCCCACUCGCAGAUUAAUCCAUAUCUGCGUUAUUGACCAAGCACGGAGACUAAUUAUCUUCCUUUUACUGAAAUUCCUUUUGCAGAGCAUCUACACCCGUGCUGCCCCUGGAAUCAUCAUGGGUGGAGUUUUACCAUUUGGCUGCAUUUUUAUCCAAUUAUUCUUCAUUCUCAACAGCAUUUGGUAAGUAAUUGAACUGAGCUAGAAACGAUCAUGUGGUUGUUUAUGACUUCCCUGUCUAGUGCAAAGUCAUGUCUGGUAGUCUGACACUAGUAGAUUUUCUUGCUGGGCAAGUAACUUUUAAUGCUUUCUUGCCCAGUGGACAGGGCAAGUCAUCCUCUAAAAUAAUCUUACUAAGAUGAGCAAGAUUUGGCCCCAGGUGAGCAAAAUAUAAGAGCUGCUUCCCCAAAAGAGCCUUUUGGUGGUUUUUUGAAUUGCUAUCAUGAGUUUGAAAAUAUCAGUACACACAAACUUGCUUGUUUGAUAUGUGUUGCAUAAGGAGAAACAAAAUGUUGGUCAGUCUUCGAGGUGUAAGGAUUAAUAGUGUUUUGUCUUUCUUUUUUCUUGAACAGGUCUCAUCAGAUUUACUACAUGUUUGGGUUCUUGUUUGUUGUGUGUUUAAUUUUGCUGUUGACUGUAUCUGAGACUACUGUCCUGUUGUGCUAUUUUCAUCUUUGUGCGGAGGUAUGACUCACAAAACACAUGUAAACUUAGUCAUAAAAACAUUUCUUAGAAUCCGCAAUCUUGGACAAAAAUUGUUAAGAAUUGUACCCGCAGGACCUCUUCCCUUGUCCCAACCUUGUCAGUGUUGUUCAGUCAUGGGCAGAAAUGAUCCCGCCAGUCUUCGACGUUGUUUUUUGAGGAAGGGGGAAGAAGGAAGUAUUUCUAAUGAGCAGUACAACUGAACGUGUAAGAGCUUUGACAGUGACGUCCUUUUUUCUUAAUAGUUUUGUCCAAGAUUGUAGGAUUGAUUUAGUAUGUGUAACCUUUUUUUUUUUUACUGGUCCUGCGAUGUCUGUUAUCUGAGUAGUCAUUUAUUUCUCUGUAGAUUAAACAAGUUUACAGAAGCAAAUAAUUAAUUAAGAAAUAACUUAAGUGAAAGGACAAAAAUAGUCAAACUGAUACAUUGUCCUAACAGAUGGAAAAGUAUAAAAGAUUUCUAAUUAAGUGGAUACAACGCAAAAUAAAUGCUAAUACAGAAAACAAAAAAAGAUAAUAUACAAUAAGCAAAUAAACUAUAACUGGUCCAAACACAUGCACACGCACACACACACACACACAUACACAUGAAAGCAAUCUAUAUAUUAAGUAUGAGUAGAUAAAGCGACUAAUGAAUGAAUAAUGAAGCUGACAAAAUCUUAUAGAGUAACCAUUUGAACGGGACCUCUUCGGCAUUAUUAUUUCAGUGACACUUGUGUUUGGCCUGGGUUUUGCACGGAUUUGGCAAUAUUUUCUUGAAUUUGAUUUUUAUUUACUUGUCUAGCCUGAGAAAACAGUCGACAUUUCGUGACGCCACCACUGCUUUCCCCGCCAAAUGACGUGUCAGAAAUGAGCGAAGAAAUUCCAUACUGAUGACGCGUGGCCACCUAGAUCUGGGUAGUGCUUCUGAUUGGUUGAAAUAAAUUUCCCACCCGGCACGACCAAUCAGAAGCACUACCCAGUUCUGGGUAGUGCUUCUGAUUGGUUGAAAUAAAUUUCCCACCCGGCACGACCAAUCAGAAGCACUACCCAGUUCUGGGUAGUGACGCGUCAACAGUAUAGAAUUUCUGCGCUCGUUUCUCAGACGUCAUUUGGCGGGAAACCAGUGGUAGCGUCGCCAAAUGUCGGCUGUUUUCUCAGGCUACUACUUGUCUAAUCAUCUGAAUUCUUCAACUGUUCUGUUGUACUUCAGGAUUAUCAUUGGUGGUGGCGAUCGUUCCUGACUGGCGGCUGUACUGCCUUGUAUUUCUUCUUGUACUCUAUCCAUUUCUUCUGCACCAAGCUGACCAUCAGUGGGACGGCCUCCACCUUCCUGUACUUUGGUUAUACUCUUAUCAUGGUUCUUAUCUUCUUUUUAUUUACUGGUAAGAAGACCACUGAUAUUGAUCACUUGUUGACACUUUGUAACAGCCAAUCUCCCUAAAAGCGUUCCACUCGAUUUUCGGACUCGAAAAAACUUUUGCUUUAAAUUUUUAUCAUCAAUACUGCUGUCCAUCCUAAUAACGAAAUUGCAGUUAGAAUGAGGAAAUCAGACAUCAAAUCGGUAAAAAAAAGAUAAGAAAUCAGACAAGAAGUUGGACAUAAAAUUGGCCAUGAAAUCGGACAAGAAAUCCGUCGAAAAAAUCGUUCAUGCACAAGAUUUGUACCCGGCUUGUUUUUGUAAAUGGUAAGCACCCCUUGUUAUAUUCAUCUCUUUGUUCUUUGUGAUUGGUGGUGAGUUGUGGAAGACAAAUGUUCUGUUGUCUGCAUUCUUCUUUCCUGGGUGAGUUAACAUUUGUUACUGCUUUUAUUCAUCAGUGCAACAAUGCAGAACUUCUACAUUUUAGUGCUCUCCGUAGUGUUCAAGGAAAAUCAUUGUUUCAUUUUGUUGGAACACCCCCAAAACUAAAAAAAAAAAUGGGUUUUCAAGGUUUGCCAAUUUAUAGCAGGGUCAUGGCAGCACCAUUCAUGAAAAGCUAAUUCCUGCAGUCCCAUAUCAGUCUCCUCCCUCGUUUAUAAUUAGUAUUUUGUGAUUUCAGGUUGAUGUUUGGCAUUUUCUUCCUGUUGAAUCUUGUAUUGUGGGCAGAAGGUUCAUCAGCUGCUGUUCCAUUCACCACCUUGCUGGCUCUCUUGGCCAUGUGGUAUGUUUUUUGUGCACCAUAAUUUAUUACACUAGUUAAGGUCAAUGGAAAAUUUAACAAAGUUAGCUGUCACAAGCUUAGCAGUCUCUGUUAGUCAGUGUAGUGUAGGCUCACAUGGAGUAUUGUUCUUAUUAUUUUAAACAUUUUUGUGCAUAAAUAAUAUGAUUUUUUCUUGACUUAGAUGAGGUUUCAUUUUCAAAUUAGCAGAGUAUAAUAUUUUGUUGAUCUUUCAUUCUGUAGAUGAAACACUGCAUUUGCCAAAAACAUUUAAUAAAAGGUGAUUUUGUUGCUCAACAGGUUUGGUAUUUCUGUCCCCCUUACCUUUCUGGGAGCUUAUCUUGGAUUUAAAAAGAAGGUACUAUAAGUACAUGUAAUAUCACAUGUUAAAAAGAAAAAGUUAGCUUAACAGAUCAAAGCUAGCUUUAACCCAUUUCCAAUAGAUGGGUGUGGGGAAAAAUGCCUAGAAAAACUGAGGGACCUCAAACCAAGCACAGAUGGUAACCAUGACAACCCUGUUCGGGGCACCUACCAGGCGGCAUCACCCAGAGAACCAGACACAACCAGAGGGAGGGGAGGGCUGGGAGCAAAAUGGCUAAAACAUUUGCACACAAACAGCAAUGUUAGCAAAAUGAAUUGACCUUAAUGAAAGUCAAAACGUCAGUCACUGUCAACAACAGUCACUCAGGACUUCGUUCACCUGGACGAUCAUACUCAACCUACUGAUGAAAUGACUCCUGGGUACAAACUUUUCACAGUUUUAAUGAAAGUGCUGUGAAAUUACUGCAAAUGCAAAUGUCCUGCCCUGCAAAUACCCUGGGACUGCCACACAUACAAUUCGAGACACAGAGCGCUUGCCAGCAGUGUCUUGUGCCCAGCUAGAUUACAUUUAGCAUUACUUAAAAUGACAGAAGAGGCUGCACUGUCAGUUUGGAAUGGACAUCAUUUCAGGCACUCUGUAAUAAAGCCAUUAUUUUGAACUAGCUUUCUUUUCUUAUUGUAUUUAGCCAAUUGAACAGCCUGUGCGAACCAACCAAAUCCCACGGCAGAUUCCGGAACAGGUAGUUGUUCUUUUGUUUGAUACAUCUACUUCACAUCUUUAAUUUGCUUUCAAGAGUUCUAAACAACAGAAAGUCUUUAAACAUUGUUGAUGGGUUUGUAUUGCAGAUCUUGCAAACCCGUAAAUAAUUUCUUUAAGUUUAUUUCAUCUUGCACCAAGCUUGUUCACUGAAGAUGCAUGGAUUUUGGCCGAGUUCUUUCUCGCACUUAAAUAGACUGAGAAGAAGUCAAGGGCAGUGACUUAAAAAAAAAGAACUAGGCAAAAAUCCAGGGUCCUUGAGCAAACAAGCUUAGGCAGUAAAGGAUUCAUUAUACGGCCAUAAAGAGUACAUUUUCCUGUGGAAGAAAUGGGGAAAAUCCUGAGCAGUUACGAUUGUCCCAUCUUGCCUGCUCAGGUAGCCAAUGAGAACACAGGAUCAGUGUCAUCUUGCCCACUCGCAGAUUAAUCCAUAUCUGCGUUAUUGACCAAGCACGGAGACUAAUUAUCUUCCUUUUACUGAAAUUCCUUUUGCAGAGCAUCUACACCCGUGCUGCCCCUGGAAUCAUCAUGGGUGGAGUUUUACCAUUUGGCUGCAUUUUUAUCCAAUUAUUCUUCAUUCUCAACAGCAUUUGGUAAGUAAUUGAACUGAGCUAGAAACGAUCAUGUGGUUGUUUAUGACUUCCCUGUCUAGUGCAAAGUCAUGUCUGGUAGUCUGACACUAGUAGAUUUUCUUGCUGGGCAAGUAACUUUUAAUGCUUUCUUGCCCAGUGGACAGGGCAAGUCAUCCUCUAAAAUAAUCUUACUAAGAUGAGCAAGAUUUGGCCCCAGGUGAGCAAAAUAUAAGAGCUGCUUCCCCAAAAGAGCCUUUUGGUGGUUUUUUGAAUUGCUAUCAUGAGUUUGAAAAUAUCAGUACACACAAACUUGCUUGUUUGAUAUGUGUUGCAUAAGGAGAAACAAAAUGUUGGUCAGUCUUCGAGGUGUAAGGAUUAAUAGUGUUUUGUCUUUCUUUUUUCUUGAACAGGUCUCAUCAGAUUUACUACAUGUUUGGGUUCUUGUUUGUUGUGUGUUUAAUUUUGCUGUUGACUGUAUCUGAGACUACUGUCCUGUUGUGCUAUUUUCAUCUUUGUGCGGAGGUAUGACUCACAAAACACAUGUAAACUUAGUCAUAAAAACAUUUCUUAGAAUCCGCAAUCUUGGACAAAAAUUGUUAAGAAUUGUACCCGCAGGACCUCUUCCCUUGUCCCAACCUUGUCAGUGUUGUUCAGUCAUGGGCAGAAAUGAUCCCGCCAGUCUUCGACGUUGUUUUUUGAGGAAGGGGGAAGAAGGAAGUAUUUCUAAUGAGCAGUACAACUGAACGUGUAAGAGCUUUGACAGUGACGUCCUUUUUUCUUAAUAGUUUUGUCCAAGAUUGUAGGAUUGAUUUAGUAUGUGUAACCUUUUUUUUUUUUACUGGUCCUGCGAUGUCUGUUAUCUGAGUAGUCAUUUAUUUCUCUGUAGAUUAAACAAGUUUACAGAAGCAAAUAAUUAAUUAAGAAAUAACUUAAGUGAAAGGACAAAAAUAGUCAAACUGAUACAUUGUCCUAACAGAUGGAAAAGUAUAAAAGAUUUCUAAUUAAGUGGAUACAACGCAAAAUAAAUGCUAAUACAGAAAACAAAAAAAGAUAAUAUACAAUAAGCAAAUAAACUAUAACUGGUCCAAACACAUGCACACGCACACACACACACACACAUACACAUGAAAGCAAUCUAUAUAUUAAGUAUGAGUAGAUAAAGCGACUAAUGAAUGAAUAAUGAAGCUGACAAAAUCUUAUAGAGUAACCAUUUGAACGGGACCUCUUCGGCAUUAUUAUUUCAGUGACACUUGUGUUUGGCCUGGGUUUUGCACGGAUUUGGCAAUAUUUUCUUGAAUUUGAUUUUUAUUUACUUGUCUAGCCUGAGAAAACAGUCGACAUUUCGUGACGCCACCACUGCUUUCCCCGCCAAAUGACGUGUCAGAAAUGAGCGAAGAAAUUCCAUACUGAUGACGCGUGGCCACCUAGAUCUGGGUAGUGCUUUUGAUUGGUUGAAAUAAAUUUCCCACCCGGCACGACCAAUCAGAAGCACUACCCAGUUCUGGGUAGUGCUUCUGAUUGGUUGAAAUAAAUUUCCCACCCGGCACGACCAAUCAGAAGCACUACCCAGUUCUGGGUAGUGACGCGUCAACAGUAUAGAAUUUCUGCGCUCGUUUCUCAGACGUCAUUUGGCGGGAAACCAGUGGUAGCGUCGCCAAAUGUCGGCUGUUUUCUCAGGCUACUACUUGUCUAAUCAUCUGAAUUCUUCAACUGUUCUGUUGUACUUCAGGAUUAUCAUUGGUGGUGGCGAUCGUUCCUGACUGGCGGCUGUACUGCCUUGUAUUUCUUCUUGUACUCUAUCCAUUUCUUCUGCACCAAGCUGACCAUCAGUGGGACGGCCUCCACCUUCCUGUACUUUGGUUAUACUCUUAUCAUGGUUCUUAUCUUCUUUUUAUUUACUGGUAAGAAGACCACUGAUAUUGAUCACUUGUUGACACUUUGUAACAGCCAAUCUCCCUAAAAGCGUUCCACUCGAUUUUCGGACUCGAAAAAACUUUUGCUUUAAAUUUUUAUCAUCAAUACUGCUGUCCAUCCUAAUAACGAAAUUGCAGUUAGAAUGAGGAAAUCAGACAUCAAAUCGGUAAAAAAAAGAUAAGAAAUCAGACAAGAAGUUGGACAUAAAAUUGGCCAUGAAAUCGGACAAGAAAUCCGUCGAAAAAAUCGUUCAUGCACAAGAUUUGUACCCGGCUUGUUUUUGUAAAUGGUAAGCACCCCUUGUUAUAUUCAUCUCUUUGUUCUUUUUUCCAGGCACAGUGGGAUUCUUCGCAUGCUUUUUCUUUGUGAGGAAAAUCUACAGUAUCGUCAAAGUCGAUUAACUUUGUUUCACCAUAAACAAACAUUCUGUGGCACUGAAAAGAAACAUUCCCAUGAGAAAUUUCCACUUCUUUGUGAGCACAAGUUUGGCUUAAUAGUAAACUUCCCUUGCUGGUAUUUAUUUGAAGUAAUAUUUAGUACGUAGUGUAUUAAAAAUGCCGCAGAACAAAGCCCCUCUUUAUGUGGAAAUGACAGAUCGAAUAAAAUGAGUAACUGCUCAUCUUCGAGUCGUAUUGCUUAAAAACGAGGGUGUAAGAAAAUUUGGUUUAUGUUGGUGUUGCAGAACCUAUAUGUUGGUUAGUUACUUCGCUGUGGUGGGGUAUUGUUAAUUGCUUUUUUCAGUUUUUAGUUUUACAUCAUUUAGAGGUCACACAAUUACCGAAACUUAGAAACCACCCUAAAAUUUGACUUUUUGUUUUUUCAUGGCUUUGUUUCCCUAAAAUCUGUCAGAAAAACGACUGAAUCAGAGACAACUUUGUCUUGGGAGGCACAGAAGUGACCAGAAAUAAAAAAUCUGUCAUCAUGUUCUCCCCUAGUUUUGUAACCAAGGUGAUGUGCAUGAAUUUGCAUACAGUUACAUAAUUAGUACAUUAGCGCGACCUAUUUAAUCAGUAUAAGUAUGUAUAAUUGACUCGUGUGUUGCCUGCCCGUGUGUAGACUUCUAAUACAAAAUUUACGGUAGAAGUCUUCAAACUGGCAGCCACUAAAGGUGUCUGUUCAAGGUUUUCGUUCAAUUUUCUUAAAUUUAGCAAUUAGAUAAGAGAAGUAAUGCAGUUCGAAUUACGUAGGUACAUAUGGCUCUGUAGCUGUCCCUUGUUGUAAACAUUUUGUUAGCUUGUGAUAACUCCUUCUCACUGGUGCACUUUUUGGCAAGUCGAUCAAUUAAAACGUCAUCACUAUCAAGGUCAUGUCUAAGCAAUUAACUAAGUAAUUCGAGUGGAAAACGUUCAGCGUCACAAUAAGAUUUUCCACUAAAAAAAAGACUUUAUCCUUCAAAUGGCUUAUAGUAAGGUUUAAGAACUAAUGCUUUGUAAAACAUAAUUUACAAAAUGUCCAUGGUAAUUCUUCAUGUUUAAUAUAAAUCUAUGCACGAGUAAUGGUCAAGAACUGAUAAAUAUAAGUGUUGCUUAACAACUAAAGAUCAGCUUAGAGCUCUUGGACUCCUUCAUUCCAGUUUUAUUGGGCAGAGUUUAUUCUAAUAAUUAAUUGCGUCUGUAGUAAUUAUGGAAGCAAUGUGCUUUAACUUAGAGACCUCGGUCUUCCCAAGGUUUUAUGUCUAUCACAAAUUGUAAGCUUUCAUUAAUUUUGUCUUGUUAUAAGGAAAAAGGCUGUAGUUCACUGAUUAAAUGUAUUA